AUGUCCAUGUCAAUUGAAGAAUGCACUGAAGGCCGGGAUGGUUAUCCUCGGCCUUUUCCUAAUACGCCAUCCAAUGUGCUGGAACAAUUUCGCCUCAACGGGAAGGUUGUAGCCAUCACCGGCUCUGCUGAUGGCAUUGGCCUCGCAGUAGCUGAGGCGAUGGCCGAGGCAGGUGCUAGCAUUGCAAUGUGGUAUAACUCAAAUGACGCCGCAAUUGAGAAGUCUGAGGAAAUAGCUAGGGAGAAUGAUGUUAAAGUUGCAGCCUAUAAGGUGGACGUUUCCGACCCUACGCAGGUCUCCCAGACUAUUACACAGGUCGUCAAAGAAUUUGGCAAGAUCGAUGUUUUUAUUGCAAAUGCAGGUAUGGCUAUUUCAAAGCCAAUUUUGGAACAGACUUUGAGCGAGUAUCGGAAGCAGAUGUCUGUCAACGUCGAUGGAAUAGUUUACUGUGCCAAAUAUAUUGGCGAAAUCUUCCAGCGCCAGGGAUUCGGUAAUCUUAUUAUCACUUCCAGUAUGAGUGGUCACAUCGUCAAUGUUCCUGUUGACCAACCUGUUUAUAAUGCUACGAAGGCAUAUGUGACUCAUUUCGGAAAGUCCUUAGCCCGUGAGUGGCGGGAGUUUGCGCGAGUCAACAUCGUCUCGCCGGGCUUUUUCGAUACCAAGAUGGGGGCGAGUCCAUUGGCCAUCAAUGAAGCGUACCGCAUGUCUGUAAUGGGACGGCAAGGCCACGUCAAGGAGAUUAAAGGCCUGUAUCUUUACCUUGCCAGUGACGCCUCGACUUACAUGACCGGUAGUGACGUGCUCAUUGAUGGAGGCUACGUCUUGCCCUAG